UGUCGACCAAUCGUUAUUUUAUGGAGGUUAUUCACCCGUUAUGCUUAGACAGUUGAAAAUCUUGUCACGGUCUUAUCCGUGGUUGCAAUUCAUUGGUUGCUCUGACAGAAACAGGUCCAUAUCCUUUAUUCUUAGUUCAAGGCUAACUAUAAGUAAUAUCGUAAGAGAUCACAUUUUAAGGUAUCAGAUAUCUGACACUACAAGCUGGGAACCAUGAGAGUUGUAAUAUCCGCGUUAAUACUGUGCUGUGCUGUCAUGAACGCUUUUGGGCGCCCUUUUGAACUACUGGACGAGAAACAUGUAUCCAAGCGAAAUGAUCCAGAGAAAGAUUCUAUAUUGGUCAUGAGAGCAGAUGAAGGCAUUCACUCCAGUGAAAGGGGUGACGAAAGUUAUGUUAAAGAACCAGAGGAGGACGAGGAAGAAGAUGAGGAAGAGUCCCCUAGAGGAGACAAAGCGUCCUCUGGGGAGGAAGAUCAAUCAGAAAACCAUGAAGCAGCAGAUAAUGCUACGGACACCGAUAAUGAUCACGACAAGAACGAACACGAUGAUGAAGACGAUAACGAUGAUGACGAUAACGAUGAUGAUGAUGAUGACGAUGAAGAUGAGGAUUGAGUUGGGUCAAUUUGCCACGCUUCAUCUGGUGCACAAAAUCAUGUUAUUUGGCUCGACUCAUAAUUUUUGUAAUCGCAUACACAA